ACUAAAUGUGCCAUUAUUUUGAAAAAAGUAUUGUGUUUAAUUUAAGAAAAUAAUUACAAAAAUCUGUAAUAAUUUUAAUACAUUUUGGUGGUUUAUUUUGAAAAAUUAAAAAAAAGAAAAAUUAUAAAAAAAGUAAUUAAUAACAAAAAAAUUUAUAAAUAUUAGCUUAAAUGCAUACGGAUAUAUUGAUUGGAGAUCAAUUUGUAGCAUCAACAAAUUAUUGGGUAAUGCAGUCUCCCGAAUUAGACUAUCGGCAUGAGCUGAUGGGUCGUUUGCAUAAAAUAGAACCAGAUGUAGAAUUGGAAGUUUUAACAGCAACUGCUGGAGCAGGCAAUCACCAUCAUCAUCAUUUGCAUCAUCAUCACCAUCAUCAUUUGCAGCAUUUAUCGCCAUCGCAGCAGCAACAGUAUCAGCAGUAUCACCAAACCAACAACAACAAUAGCAGCAAUUUUCAACAUCAACAAUUAACUACACAACUUAGCAAUAGCAGUAAUAAUAGCAAUAGUAGUAAUAGCAAUAACAACAGCAGUAGUAACAACAACAACAAUACCAGCAGCAACAACAACAACAAUAGCAGUAGUAAUAAUAACAAUAGUAGUAGCAGUACAACUAGUAAUACAAAUAGUACAACAAAUACAAAUCAUUUAAAUGAUCAAUGGCAACAUGCUACAAAUCAUGAACAUACAACAGCAACAACACCAACUACAGCAUCAGCAAAUACCUAUGAUACAGCACAACCCACGGUAUUGGUGGUGGGUUCAACGGCAGCAUCCAACAACACCACCUUAACGCAUACAACACCCACCGAUAAUAUUAGCAGCAAUAAUACAAUAGAAAAUCCUCCAAAUCGUUCGCCAACAACACCCGCCGCCGUCUCCUCCUCCAACAAUGACAUCACCUGCAACACAUCAUCAGCAUCUUCAUCAUCAUACCACAACAAUUAUGAUGCCAAUACGUAUUAUACGGCAGUCGCAACGACCGCUACCAGCGAUAAAGAAUAUUUAUUUGACACCAAAAAUAAAGAGGCUCUCUGUAAUCCCUAUCACAAUAUUGAUGAUCCCUAUGGACGCCCAGCCUUAUGGGAAGAAAUAGCUAGCUCAAUACAAAAUAUCGAUCCUGAAAAUGCUCCUAUACUAGGCUCAAAUCCAAAUACAAUGCAUGCGCAUCAACAACAGCAAAACCAAAAUUCAACAACGCCCACGGGCAGUGCAUUGUUAACGCAAGUGAAAAUGGAAGCAAUUGAUGAUACUCUGCUAGAGACAUUAUCGACACCAUUGCUCAGUCCUUUGGAGAUAAAAAAAGAAAAUGUUACCAACAGUCUGACCAUGCAACCGUUGACACCACAACAAACACCCACGCAUCACUAUUACGGGCAACAGCAGCAGCAUCAAACACCACAACAACAAUCAUAUCAGCAGCAACAUCAUUCACUACACUCACAACAUCAAACACAUCAUCAACAUCAUCCUCAGCAUCAUCAUCAUCUGCAACAACAACAACAACUUUUACAACAACCUCAACAUUUACAGCAGCAACAAGCGCAUCACCAUCAACAUCAUCAUCAUCAUUUACAGCAAUCACAACAUUUAUAUCAGCAUCAUCCUAGCUUAACGGAAGAACAUCAUUUGACAACCAUGUUCACCAAUUUAAACUCUCACACCCAUCCUCAUAGCCAUACACAUGCGCUGCAGCAUCAACAACAACAACAACAGCAGCAACAGAAUUUAUUGUUGCACAGCAAUAGUAAUAGUCCCUCAAAUCGUUGUAGCAGUACCGCUAGUAGUCACAAUGCAGAUGUUGCUCUUAAUGCCGAAACAACAAAUUUAUUAAGUUUAAAUGGUUCAACGGCAGAUCAUGUGAACGCCUAUCAGCAAUAUGGUCAUAAUAAUUAUUUAAAUGAUAGUUUAAGUAUAAAUACCAAUACAACAACACAACUGGCUCAAAAUACUACUUCAUCACUACAUCAUCAUCAUCACCAUCAGCAGCAGCAGCCACCACAACAGCAGCAACAUCAACACCAUCUAACACCUUUAGCUAAUACUACAACACCAACAAUUGGGUCUCAGAAUUCCGCCACAGUCGCCUUACAAAAUCUUAAAAAUCUCAACAAUAAUAACAACAAUAGUAGUAAUAAUAAUAAUAAUUAUACAACUGCUGCAACCACUACAACAUAUCCAUGGCAUAGCAGUCAGCCUUUUCAUAGUAAAUACCAAAUACCCGCUCCACCGCCGCCACCACCUCAUCAUCUACAAAAUGCACAAUUAUGUCCACCUGCUCUAAUACCAACCGCACAAUCACAAACCAGUAGUAGUGGCAGUGCGGCCAGCAAUAAUAGUAGUUCAAGGCAUAUGUUUGUGCCGCCACUAACACCUCCCAGUUCUGAUCCCGGAAGUCCGGGUAGUUCAAUGGCAGCAGCAGCCGCACAUGCUCAAGCUCAACAUCAACACCAGCAUCAGCAGCAACAACAACAGCAAAAUAAUAGACGUUCUACCCCACCACCACCUUAUCAGCAGCAACAGCUUCAACAACAACAACAACAGGGUCAUCCACUUUCCGCCAUCUGCCCCAACAUUAUAACACUGCAUUCUAGUUCUCCCACUGCUGUGGGCCAUCUUAUGAGUCCGGGUCGUUCUCUAACUACAUUGGGCCAAACAGGUGCUCAGUUGUUGGUUAAUUCAUCAGCCAAUAGCAAUUCAGCAGCAGCAGCAGCAAAUCAUUCAAAUUCAUCUACCAACAACAACUCUAGCACUAUUAGCUCAACGACAAGGGGCGGUGGUCAUUCAGCAUCAACUACGUCAUCAUCUGCCUCUGCUACACCGGCUCAUUUGGCCAACUUAAUUGUGCCAUCUGUGCGUUCGGUUCGCUAUAAUCGUCGCAAUAAUCCCGAGUUGGAGAAGAGACGUAUACAUCACUGUGAUUAUGUGGGUUGUACAAAAGUUUAUACCAAAAGUUCACAUUUAAAAGCACACCAAAGGAUUCACACAGGUGAAAAACCCUAUACCUGUCAAUGGCCCGAAUGUGAGUGGCGAUUUGCACGUUCUGAUGAGUUAACGCGUCAUUAUCGCAAACACACAGGAGCAAAACCCUUUAAGUGUAUUGUAUGCGAAAGAAGUUUUGCCAGAAGUGAUCAUUUGGCUUUGCAUAUGAAAAGGCAUUUACCGAAAAAUAAAUAGAAAUAGAAGAAAAAACACCAACAAACAACUAAAACUAUAAUUUAAUAAAAGAAAAACACAACAAACCUAAAA